AUGGCCUCAAGCGUGCCGAUGUCGACGAAAGUCGGCCAUGGUUUGGCCAAGGUGCUCGGCAUCAAGCUUGACUAUCGCAAUCCUACUGGCGCCGACCCUGUCACUCGCGGAGAGUCGACGUACUCAAUCGAAACCGCCGACAGCUACACAGAAGCCGAGCCUACAUCUCUGGAAUGGCUCCAAUCCAUCACGCCAACCGGGAGUGACUGCUUGCACUACGUGAAGAGCCUUUUCCCAUUCGUGCACUGGCUGCCUUUCUACAACACAACAUGGCUCGCAGGAGAUCUUGUCGCUGGUAUCACCAUCGGCGCUGUGGUCGUCCCGCAGGGCAUGGCUUACGCACAACUCGCUGCGCUUCCCGUUGAAUUCGGCUUGUACUCCUCCUUCAUGGGCGUGUUGAUCUACUGGUUCUUUGCGACUUCCAAGGACAUUACAAUCGGGCCCGUCGCCGUCAUGUCUACUGUUACUGGCAACAUCGUCCUCGCCGCAGCAAAAGCUGAUCCCAGCGUACCAGGACACGUCAUUGCUUCGGCACUGGCAGUCAUCGUAGGCGGCGUCACAUGUGGUCUUGGGCUUCUGCGUCUGGGAUGGCUGACCGACUUCAUCUCUCUCGCAUCGAUCUCCGCUUACAUGACUGGGUCAGCCAUCAGCAUCGCCGCCGGCCAGGUUCCAACAAUGCUAGGACAAAGAGUGAAGGGCAAGACACCCUUCGACACCCGGGCACCAACGUACAAAGUGAUAAUCAACACACUGAAAUAUCUGCCGGAUACCAGGAUCGAUGCUGCGCUGGGCUUGACUGCUCUGGCUAUGCUCUACAUCAUCCGAUUCGUCUUCAACACGCUUGUAAAACGGCAACCCGCCCGCAGGAAGCUUUGGUUCUUCUUGAACACGCUCCGAACCGCAUUCGUCAUCCUACUGUAUACCCUUAUUGCUUGGGCGGUCAACCGACACCUGAACAAGAAAGUGGCAUCGAAACUAUCGCAUUUCGCCAUCCUUGGACACGUGCCUCGCGGUUUUCAGGACGCCGGCGUGCCAGUCAUGAACAAGCGAGUGAUCGAUCUCUUCGUCAGCCAAAUACCCGUCUCGGUCAUUGUUGUGCUCAUCGAACAUAUCUCGAUCGCCAAGUCCUUUGGGCGUGUUAAUAACUACACCAUCAACCCAUCUCAGGAAUUGAUCGCUAUCGGCGUCACGAAUUUGCUGGCGCCUUUCCUCGGCGGUUAUCCAGCGACUGGUUCUUUCUCCCGCACUGCGAUCAAGUCCAAAGCUGGUGUUCGCACGCCUCUGGCUGGUCUCAUCACUGCGAUCGUGGUCCUGAUUGCCAUCUAUGCUCUUCCGGCUGUCUUCUACUACAUCCCCAAGGCAGCACUCGCAGCAGUCAUUAUCCACGCUGUGGGUGAUCUGAUUACACCACCAAACGUCGUCUACCAGUUCUGGAGAAUCUCGCCGCUUGAGGUCAUCAUCUUCUUUGCGGGUGUCUUCGUCACCGUCUUCUCCUCCAUCGAGGAUGGUAUCUACACGACGAUCUGCACUUCCCUGGCACUUUUCUUGUGGCGUGUGUUCAAGGCUAAGGGACGCUUCCUUGGCAGAGUCAAGGUGCACUCGGUAGUAGGUGAUCAUGUUUUGCAGGGCGGUGACCCUAAGCACGCACCUGCACCUGACAAUGACCCGGAUACCUCAUACAGGAACAUCUACAUUCCCAUCGAGCACGAAGACGGCUCAAAUCCCGAGGUUCAAGCAGAACACCCAUAUCCUGGCGUCUUUAUCUACAGAUUCUCGGAAGGCUACAACUAUCCCAAUGCCAACCACUAUCUCGAUACAAUGGUUGAAGAGGUCAUGCGGGUGUGCAAGCGGACUAACGCAGCUAGUUUUCCAAGACUUGGUGACCGACCGUGGAAUAACCCUGGUACAAGCAGGUCGGGUAAAGAGGAGAGAGCAGAGGAUCACAGACCAACGCUUAAAGCCAUCAUUCUCGACUUCUCUUCCGUCAAUAAUGUGGAUAUCACUUCGGUGCAGCACUUGAUCGAUGUUCGCAACCAGCUCGAUCGCUACAGUCAACCCGAGCGAGUACAGUGGCACUUUGCCUGCAUCAACAACCGCUGGACCAAACGAGCCCUUGUCUCCGCUGGUUUUGGCUAUCCGUCGCCCGAUGAUCAAGACACAGGCUUCCAUGCCUGGAAACCAGUCUUCAGCGUGGCCAACAUCGGUGGCGCCGCAGCCGACGCAGAAGCCGCUGCUAACCGUAGAGAGAUGAAGCUACACCAACAGCGCGACGUCGAAACCGGACGAAACGGUGUCAGCCAGCGCGAUGUGGACAGCAUUGGUGAGGACAGCGAUCAAAGCCGCGCCAGCUUCGAAAAGCAAUUGCGGACAUACAAGUCCGGUCAGAGCGCCAGGAUUGCUGUGGUACAAGGGCUGAACCGUCCUUUCUUCCACAUCGACCUUACGAGUGCUUUGCAGAGUGCUAUUUCCACCUCCGAGUUGUCAGGUCCGAAACCUGAGGGUCCGCCUGAGACCUCUGCUGCGGUUGUGGUCGAGGACGAAGUAGUGAAGACGUAA